GCUUUUGCUCUCUCAUACUGUCUGCGUUCGGAAAUUUUAUCUUUUUUAAAUGGUGAUGCUGAUUCGAUUUGAUACCAAGUACUUUUGUUUCGAUACCGAGUAUUUAUCGCAAGAUUGAUUCGAUGCUAUAAAUACUUGAUAUCGAAUCAAAAGUAUCGAGUACCUACUCGUAUUUACUAGUAUCGGCACAUCCCUAAUGACACCUCGCAUGUCAAAAUCCGUCAAGACGUUCAGGCUGUACGGCGUGCCAAAUUAUUGGACAUGCAUACAUUCAUGCAUACAUACGCUCGAAAAACAUUAUCCUCCGCAGUCGGACAAAAAGUAAAAUUUUUAACAAUCAAAAUAUUUUCAUGUUUUUGCUGUGUUUUAUUGGUAAAAAAUUGGCUAACCUAGCAAUCCUACAAUUCACUCACUCAUCAAUAGCCGCCGCCAUUACGGGUGCCUCACAGUAUUGUCUUAGCCGAAACUCUGUCCACCUUUUUUUAUACGUCCUUGCUUAAAGUAUCUUAAUUAUAUGAUUAGUGUUCUGUGAUGUGAAACAAGCAUAGGUUUCACAAAUAUUAAGUUUAAUAGUAAAAGAGCAUUUUUUUUAAAUGGAUGAUGAUAAUACAUAUUACGAAUCAAAUCCUAUUGAGAAUGUAAAACAUGUUGAAGGCUGGACUAAACAAGAUAAAUAUGAGCUGCUACAAGUUUUAAAGGUAUAUGGUUCACAUAAUAUUGAAGCAAUCCACGCAAUGCUGCCUAGUAAACCCACAAAUGAAAUAAUAGAGAUGAUUAAUUACUACAGAGGAAAAGCAUUAAAUCAUCUCAAUGAGAAAAAGAAAGAUGGCAAAGUUGUCAAAAGUAUUUCAAAAGUACCUCUAAGUAUAUGGGCAAAGAUUCUUACAGAUUCAUACAAUUAUAAUGAGCUGCAAACUGAAACUGCAAAUGCUGUGCGUGUAAUAGCAGAUUGUGAAAAGUUUCCUCCUGCCACCAAUACUAAUCAAAUUGAUUUCAAAGCCAUCUAUCAUGCAGUAGCUAAUGCAAUGGAAGGAAAAGCUCUGCCAGAUGAUCCUCUCAUAAAUUCUAUAUUACAAAAAUGUAUUAUUGAAACAGCAUAUAGUAGUAGGACAUUUAUUAGAAAUAGUACCCUGAGAAACGUAAUAAAUUCUAUUAAUUUAUUUGAAAAAGUUGGUAAUACAUUUAUGAGACCAACUGAAAAUUCUGAAUUGUUAGCACUUCGACAUUUAGCUUCACAGAGGAAUUACAAUCCUUUAAGUAUCGAUGAAGAAUAUCUUAAGCCAUCUUUAUACACAAUCACAGAAUAACGCUUCUAAAUAGGAUCACUAAAUCAGUGAUUCUCAUCAUCCUCCCUAAUGUAGCAGAUGAAGAGGACUCUUAAUUAUUGUGUGCAUAUAAAAAUAAAACAUCUGAUUAUUUCAUCAAUAGUUUUAUUACAUUUUUUUGUCAAUACUUUGUUAGACACUAUAAAUUAAUUAAUUUAAUUCUAAGUAAUAUUUAAUGUUAAUUAUUAAGCCAUUCUACAAACCGACUGAAAAGUUUAACUGCUAUUUUAAUUACUCUAUCCCAAAAGCUCGGUUCAUCAUCUCUUGUAUAGUCAUCACCGUCAAAAGCUUCUACUUGUCUCUCAUGAUCUAGGGAUUCCACUUGUCUUCUCUCUCUUAACUUACCUGUAAAAUAAGAUAACAAUUUGGGUAUGAUGAAAUAAUAACACUACACUAAUAUUUGUGUGAGUACUACUACAAAGUUCAUCUGAUUUUACAAUAUUUGUAAUAGAUUUAAGCUUUGAAAUCUAACAACCAAGUCACCUAAUCAUUUAUACUUGAAAAAUACCUUGACUUUGACGACCUCCUUGGCCGAGUGGUUUGUACGCCGGGUUUCAUGGUGUCGCCGACUCGAGAGGUCCCGGGUUCGAAUCCCGGUGGGGGCAAAUGUUUGUGUGAUGAUUACCAGCAUUUGUACUCCAGUCAAGGAUGUAAAAUAAUUAUUUCUAUAUAAAUAUACUUAUAUAUGUACAGUAUGUAUUCUAUCUGUUCCCUAGCAUCCCAUAACACAAGCCUUACAGUGCUUACUUUGGGGCUAGGCUAAUUGGUGUGAGUGUUGGAAAUAUUUAUUUAUUUACCUAAAUUGUUUGUUAACAUUUUUAACAAAUACUUAGAAAUAAACACAUUUUUUUAACAUUGUUUGCCUGUCUGUUGGACGAACCUUUUUCAUAAUGGGCUCGAAAAUUAAAACAUUUUUAAAACAUAAAUGGUAAAAAUGAGCUCGCUCAUUUAUAGAAAGCGGAGCGAACGCAUUAAUGAGUCCUUUCUACUCGCAAUAGAAUUUUACAUGUGUGUAUGUAUGUAUGUAUGUGUUUCCACCGAGAAAGUCUCUGUGGAAAAGCAAUCCUAUUUUAUGUACACGAACACCGCUCUGUUAGACAUCCCCUUUUUUAUUACGCAGGCAAAACCUAUUUACAGACGUUUGCGCUCUUAAAGGGCGCCCGACCAACGAAAGGACCUCACCCUAGCCUCUCGUAAGUCUCACGGGUGCGAAACAGAGAAGCCGUUAAAAAACGGUUGGUGUUGAUGACUUAGGGGCUUGUACAUGGAUUUGACAAAGGCAUUUGAUUUAGUAAAUUUUAAUAUACUAUUUGAUAAAUUAUAUAAAUAUGGCGUGCGGGGAAAUAUUCUUGAGCUUAUAAAAUCCUACCUCAGCGAUAGACUGACUGAUGACUCAAAGUCUGGCGAUUUGAGUUAUGGGUUAUAACUCAAAUCGACAGACUGCUAUAAAACUAAAUUUGAAAAGUCAUAUACAUCUUCAUCAAGGAAAACAGCUUGUGGUGUCCCACAGUGUAGCGCAUUUGGACCAUUAUUUUUUAAUGUAUAUAUAAAUGAUUUUCCUAAAUGCAUACAAAGUCCCAUGAUCAUGUUUGCAGAUGAUAGUACUAUAAUAUUUGAAUGUAAAAAUGAAAAUGAUUAUGAACUUUCAAUAAAUAAUGACUUUGACAAAAUUAUUAAAUGGAUGCAAAAUAUUAAUUGUUAAUUGUUAACUAGGACAAAACAAAAUCGAUGACAUUUAAACAAAGAGAAAGCAAGAAAAUUAUUAAAGUAAAAAUGGAGCACUCGGGGAAAAAAGUAGAAGAAGUAAAUAGGUACUACCAAAUUUCUUGGACUUUAUAUUGAUAAUAAUAUGACAUGGAAAACUCAUUGUAAUUAUGUAUGUGAAAAGCUAAGUAAAUUUUCUUAUGCCUUGUAUAUGCUUAAUAAAAUAGCUGACCGUUCUGCACUAAUGACAGCUUAUGAUGGAUACUUUGCGUCACUGCUGAGAUAUGGCAUAAUAUUUUGGGGAAAUUCGAGUAGCAAAGAUAGUUUUCAAAGGACAAAAAAAAAAUGUGUGAGAGCAAUAACUCGACUUCGCCCUACAGACUCUUGUUAUCCUCUCUUUAUGGAAUUAAAUAUUUUGACUGUGCCUUGUUUAUAUUUAUUUGAAGUUUGUGUCUUUGUUAAAACGAAUUUAAAAUUGUUUUAUAAUGUUUUUUCAUCUAAACGACACAAUGAUAAGUUGUGUCAAAUACCACAUAAAACUGCUUUGUUUUUUUAAAUAGUUUAUAUGGCGUUGCUCCGAUAAUAUAUGUAUAACAAGUCACCAAAAGAUAUACGACAAAUACAUAAUGUGGUUAAAUAUAAAGUGACCUUGAAAAGUUUGUAGUAAAUAAAGCUUAUUAUACAUUAAAAGGAAUAUUUAAGUGAUGUUGAAAGGAGAUUGCUCAGCUUCCAUACAUGUUUAGCCUAAAGAUCAAUAAUCAUGAAAAAUUGUUUCCUAGAUUCGUAAUUAUAUAUAAAUUACUAUAAAAACGAAUAUUGUUGACGGACAUCCCUGAGAACUUCUGUAAACCUUAUACACUGAAUGAUUUUGAGGUUAUGUUUACAAAUAGGUAUAGGUACUUUUGUAUUAAAAUAAUAGAAAACAAAUAAGUUAUUUAAUAAACUAGGGAAAUUCAGCCAAGUACCGGAAUUAUGUAUUAGAUUCAGGUAUAAUAGAGCAUGUAGAUUAACAGAUAGUUGCCUGUGUUUGAAGUUAAUGCCCAAGAAUAACUUUUAAAAUCAGGUAUCAUCUAUGCAUUUCCGGUUAUAUUAUGGUACUCUGUGACAGAAACUGUGGAUAGGGAUGAUUGUGAAUGAGCCACAGAUUAGAGAGAUUUUUUUAACACUCGUUAACCAAAGAAAGCUAAGAGAUUUAGGUUAUGCAGCCAUAUCUUCAGUAGCUUCAUUAUUUUUGUUAUGUUUAUAUUAUAACCAUAUUUUAGAUUUUUUGUGUAUCACACCUUAUAAUGUGUUUAUGGAGGUGUUUGGCGAAAAAUGUUUGGCAAUAGACUUUAUGAUGUCGCCUACCAUCUAUAAUAAAUGUCUUAGCACAUUUGCAUGUAGUGAAAAUGAUAAUAUAGUUGUGGAUAUUAAUACUCAGUCUAAUAAAAACAAUGUUUUAUUUUAUCGAUCUUUACAAAAUACAUCUGUUUUGAUGUUAUAUAAACAACUUCGAUCAGUCUUUGGCUGAAUGUUACUACACCCAUAGUCAUUUAAAAUUAUUCGUAUGUUUUCCAAACCGGUAAAAUUAAAAGUCCUUUUUAAAAUGAAUAAAUUAUACAAAGGUGUCCGUUAAAAUCUAAGGACUGUAAAAUAAAGUAUAAAUUACGCCAAGAACUACCGGAUAUGUCAAUAUUUUUUGUACAUUUGGGCCAAUUUGAGCAAUCUCCUUUAAAUUAUUAUUAAUGCUUAUAAUUAAUAAGAUUCAAUUAAUCUAUUAUACUGUUUGACAAUGAUAAUGUGAAUUUGACAUAAUUUUAUAUUAUGUUUAAUGAAUGGAAUAAUUGUAAUAAGUUUUUUUCUUCUCAACAUGACAAUUAUUUUGCACACCCCAUUGGGUAAGAAUAUAGGAUGCUCUUUAUCUCUGUAUUACCAUUUGUUACCAUAUUCUGCAAAUAAAGAUGAUUAU